CCCGCUCCGCGUCCCGGCCCGCGCCGCCAUGGCCACGUCCCCGCAGAAGUCGCCCUCGGCCCCCAAGUCCCCCACCCCCAAGUCGCCCCCGUCCCGGAAGAAAGAUGACUCCUUCUUGGGGAAGCUCGGAGGGACGCUGGCGCGGAGGAAGAAGGCCAAGGAGGUAUCAGAGCUUCAGGAGGAAGGCAUGAACGCCAUCAACCUGCCCCUCAGCCCGAUCCCCUUCGAGCUGGACCCGGAGGACACCAUGCUGGAGGAGAAUGAAGUGCGGACGAUGGUGGACCCAAACUCCCGCAGUGACCCCAAACUGCAAGAACUGAUGAAGGUAUUAAUUGACUGGAUUAAUGACGUGCUUGUCGGAGAAAGAAUCAUUGUCAAAGACCUGGCUGAAGAUUUAUAUGACGGACAAGUCCUGCAGAAGCUCUUUGAGAAACUUGAGAGCGAGAAACUGAACGUUGCUGAAGUCACCCAGUCAGAGAUUGCUCAGAAGCAAAAGCUGCAGACCGUCCUGGAGAAAAUCAAUGAAACCCUGAAGCUUCCUCCCAGGAGCAUCAAGUGGAACGUGGACUCUGUUCAUGCCAAGAGCCUGGUAGCCAUCUUGCAUCUGCUAGUUGCUCUGUCCCAGUAUUUCCGGGCACCAAUCCGACUCCCAGAUCAUGUCUCCAUCCAAGUGGUUGUGGUCCAGAAACGAGAAGGAAUCCUCCAGUCUCGGCAAAUCCAAGAGGAAAUAACUGGUAACACAGAGGCUCUUUCCGGAAGGCAUGAACGUGAUGCCUUUGACACCUUGUUUGACCACGCACCAGACAAACUCAAUGUAGUGAAAAAGACACUCAUCACUUUUGUGAACAAGCAUCUGAAUAAACUGAACCUGGAGGUCACAGAACUGGAAACCCAGUUUGCAGAUGGGGUGUACCUGGUGCUGCUCAUGGGGCUCCUGGAGGGCUACUUCGUGCCCCUGCACAGCUUCUUCCUGACCCCAGACAGCUUUGAACAGAAGGUCUUGAACGUCUCCUUCGCCUUCGAGCUCAUGCAAGAUGGGGGAUUGGAAAAGCCAAAACCACGGCCAGAAGACAUUGUCAACUGUGACCUGAAAUCCACACUGCGAGUGUUGUACAACCUGUUCACCAAGUACCGGAACGUGGAGUGAGGGGCACACCGGGCCACUCCCCGACCGCCUGAGCCUGCUAGUUCCUGCGUCCAGCUCUGUGCUCUCCCACCAGCCCAGCUACCGCCCAGGAUAGCAGGCCUGAAGUUAGGAAGGACGGAUCCGUAACUCAGUGGGCCUGCUCACACCUCCCAGGCCCUGGGGACUGACUGGCCGUUGUGCCCAUCCUGGUGCCAGGUCCAGAUUUCCUCAGUGUGAUUUGGGAGCCAGUUUAGGCCCAAGAGACUCCCCUCAGAAGAUGAAAAUAAAGGUAAUGGUCCCCAUUUAAUGGUCGUAAACUAUGUGCCGGGCACCACGCUAAGUGCUCCGACAUAGUCAUGAUUCCCACUGAAGCAAGUAUUAUAUAUAAUCCCCUUUUACAGAUAAGGAAACUGAGGCUCAGAGAGGUUCAGUGACUCGCCAGAGGCUGGCAUCUGUUUUUCUUCUUCGAACAUGUUUGCUAAUAACUAGCCCAUCACAGUACACUCUGCACAUUCUAUGGUUGGGGGGUGGGGUGUGCACCUGCACUCUCCGAGAUGGAAAAGCCACCAGCCCCCCCCACCUCACCACAAGGCGGGCUGUGUCAGGGCUUAGUGAUUCACACUGACAUCAGCUAAUCCAAUUUAACUCAAUUAAUUGUGUGUGUGGCAGGAGUCAUGUCCCUCAACUACUUUGUACAAAUGAAAAUUACUCUUAAUUCCUUCAGAUUUGUAAUAACCCCAUACUCUGGUUUCAGGGUGACAUUUGGGAAGAAUUCUGUUUAAAAUUAAUGGAGUGGCACAUUCUGCAGCCUUUUUGCUUGAUUGCAUGUAAUGGAAGUGCCCUAUAUUUUCCUGCAAAAUAAGGACUCAAUUCAUUAUCGUUAGGCAAAUGUACAAUAUACUCAGGCACCAGAGAGCUGGGCGCAGGCCCAUGUGAGCAUGGCUUAGGAAGUAGGGCUCUUCAACAGGGACCCUUGAACUUUAAAGAAAGGAACUCCUUUUUGCCUUCUAAUUGAUCAUUUAGACCAUUUCUGGCUAAGUCUGCCCACAUGCAAUUACUGGCUAAUUCAGGCGAGGAAAAAUGUAAGUCAUUUAGACCCAAGCCGAGCAGUCUCCUUGCGUGGGAUUACUCGUGGGGUUUGUGGUUACUUGUAUCUCCUCUCCAUGAACCCAACUUUGAAAUACGGGGCUCUACUUGUCCCGGGCUGCUGGGUUCUGUGGGAAUAGUAAAGGGGCUGAAGUGGAAAUGACCAGAAGGGCAGGAAGCAUGGGGAAGCACUUUUGCACUUGACCCCAGACAGAGGGAUAGUACUGAACAUCUGCCCUUAAAUGGACCAAGGCCAUGGGGUAAAUAACUUGUUUUGAUGUUACAUCUUCAAUAUAGAAUUUUCCUAAACACGUCAGAUGGACACCAGCCUGUAUACCCACCCCAAGUCUGUGCUGCUCUGUCACUACUUUCAGCUCAUUGCCCAAAACCCACCUCUGGCUUGAGGAAUUUUGAUUUCUGUCCCCACCGCCGCCACCCCCUACCACCAGCUAGUCCUCCCAUAUUGUCCAAAACAUUUCCUUCCAGCUUCCAAACAUUUCCUGCUCUCUAUCUAUUGCAGUAACUCAGAACCCAUGAAAUUUAGACGCACCACCAAUUUCUGCGGAUAUUUUGCUCUAAGAAAUCAAUUGUUACUCAGCAUAAUGAGCUUUUAAGGUAUAUGGACAAUGCACUCUCGUGCCAAUUUAUAUAGAAGGAUACAAUUCUUUUUUACGUGAUUGACGAAAUGUUACGUUUUUCAUUAGGAAACACUAAAUCGUGUAAUAUUUCUGUUUGUGCUCCUUUCAAUUCCUGACGGCAAAUCAAGAUAAACUAUUGCUUUGUCUCUUUGAGCAGCCUGAAAGCGGGAUGAAAUAAGAGGGAUGCAUUCAUUUAAACAUGCUUUGCUGUACGAA